AAGAUGGCUGUGUCUCGCGGAGCCUCGUGCUGGUCCGGUUGAUUUCGAGUUUGCGCUGCCGUUCUGUAACAGAAGCCCCCCCUGAACAAACACCCGCGCGCGCACACACACGCGCAAACCGACCCGUGUCGGUAAUUUCACGUCCCCGCUCCACAUUUAUGCCGCUUUUUUGUAAAAACUUUCCCUCCGAGUUCAACUUUACCGGAGCCGCGGUGGAUUACCGGAGAUCGGUCCGGGAGGAGGGCAGCGGGGGGAUGAACCGGGACGGCGGGGACGUCGUUGCUGAAAUAAUCGUAUUUAUUUUCCAUGGUUGUCCGGAGUUCGUCUGCGAGUGAGGCGCCGCGCUGACACACCGGAGGAGGACCGACACACCGGGAAUCAUGGCCGCGCAGGUCGCCACUCUCAACACCAGCCCGCCUUCCGAACUCAAAAAGCCGGACCGGGACGCGCAGGACGAGUCGGUACCGGGCGAGAAGCAGCAUGAAAAUAAGGACGCGGGAGCCGACGGAGGCUCCCCGCGGCAGAAGGAGCUGCAGGACGGGGCCGAGGCUGGUGGAGGAGGGGAUCCCGACAUGAAGAACGGGACUUUAGCCCGGGUCAACAACAACGGCAGCAACCAGAACGAUGCGGGCGGACUGGAGGGGAAUGCCCACCCCGGAAUGGGCCACCACCACCAGGGCCCCUUCCCUCCACCUCCCUACGCUUACAACCAGCCCUACAGCCGGGCCCCUUUUCAUCAACAUGGCGGACAACAAAGCCCUGGCAUGGCAGCUGCACCGGGGCCGGGCGUGAUGGAGCCGUACCCCCCGAACUCCCACGAACACGGCUACCCCAACAGCUACAACAACUACAGCCCGUUCGCGGGCAGGACUUCGUACCAGGGCCAGGGCUACGGGGGCAUGAAUUCCCCGCGCGGCAGCCAGCCUCCGGCGGCCGGGGGGCAGUCAGGCAAGCAGCAGCCGUCGGGAGCCACGGCGGCUAUGGCUGCAUCCUAUAAUAACCAGAGGUAUAACAUCGGAACCCCGCAGCCCACGUCCACGCCGACCCUCAACCAGCUCCUGACCUCCCCCAGCUCCGCCAGGAGCUAUCCCAACUACCCGCAGGGGGACUACAACAACCAGGAAGGGCCCAGCAAGGCAGCGGGGGAUGUGAGCGGGCCUCCGUACAGCGGGGUCCAUCCGAGCUGGCCGCAGAGGGGCCACCACCCGCCCCCCAUGAGCCCGGGGAACACCGGACAGCCGCCAAACCGGAACCAGCCGCCGGGCCCAAUGGACCAGCUCGGGAAGAUCCGCGGACAGCCGUACGGAGGACCUAACCCCUAUCCCUCGCAGCAGCAAGGGCCCGCCUCGGGGCCCGGACCGCAGCAGGGCGGCUCCUACGCGGGGCAGGGCUACGGGCCCCCGGCCCCUCAGAGAUACCCCAUGGGGAUACAGAGUCGCACGCCAGGCGCCAUGGGAGGCAUGCAGUACGGACAGCAGAUGUCUGCAUACGGACAGCAGGGCCCAGGGGGCUACAGCCAGCAGAACCAGGGCUACUACGCUCAGCACGGCCCCCCUCCCAAUGCCGGCCAGCAGCAGCCUCCAUAUCAGAGCCAGAGCGGCUCUGGGUCCCCCUAUCCUCAGCAGGGCCACCCCUCCCAACCUGCGGGCCAACACGGGCAGCCAGGCGCCCCUUUUCCACAGACCCAGGUGCCCCACGGCGGCUCUGCGGCGCAGCCCUCCUAUAGCCAGCCCCCGCAGUCUCAGCCGGGACAGCAGCCCUAUGUCCCCUCCCAGCCUCAACAGCAGCAGCAACAGCAACAGGGCCCUGGCCCUCAGAAUCAGCCGAGCCCCCAAGGCCAACCUGGGUACUCACAACCCCCCGGGCCAGAACAACCGGCAGCACAGCAACAAGCACCCCCCCAGCAACAGCAGCAACAAGCAGGCGGUCUGCCUCCCCAAGCCCAGCAACCCCCAGCCCACGGUCAGCAAAGUCAGCCAUCACCUUACUCCCAGACCCCCCCCCUGCAGCAGCAGCAGUCACCAUAUCAGAGGUUCCCCCCUCCCUCACAGAACCAGGAGAUCUCCCAGGAUUCCUUCAGCUCUCAGUCCAGCAUUCCUCCCGCUGCCCAGCCCAACAAGAGCGGCCCUGAAGACAGCCUGCAGGGGCGGCCGUCCAGCCUGCCGGACCUCUCCGGCUCCAUCGACGACCUCCCCACCGGCACCGAGGCGGCCCUGAGCCCGGGGGUCAGCACGUCGGGGGUGUCCAGCAGUCAGGGCGAGCAGAGCAACCCGGCCCAGUCGCCCUUCUCUCCGCACACACCCCCUCACCUUCCAGGCAUUCGAGGGCCCUCCCCCUCACCUGUGGGCUCUCCCACCAACGUCACCCCGUCUCGCAGUGGCCCCCUGUCCCCCGCUGCAGGGCCAGGGAGCCAGAUGCCGCUGCGGCCCCCCAGCGUCCAGUCCGACAGCAUCAUGCAUCCUUCCAUGAACCAGUCAGCCAUGGGUCAGGACAGGGUGUACAUGCGCAACCCUCAGAUGCCCCCGUACGGCUCCCCUGGACAGCCUGGCUCCGCCUUAUCUCCACGCCAGUCUUCAGGAGGCCACAUGCACGCUGGGAUGGGACCUUACCCCCAGAACAGUACCAUGGGAAACUACGUCCCUCAGGGAGGCCAGUACGGCCCACAAGGUUAUCCCAGACAGCCCGGCUACACGGGAAUGCCCAAUACCAACUACCCCAGCGGGCCCGGCAUGGCCGGCUCCAUGAACCCCAUGCCUGGUCAGGGCAGCGGGGGGCCAUAUGGAACCAUGCCCCCCAACAGGAUAGGUCCGGGACACCAGAUGGGGGCUCGACCCUUUGGACCUGGAAUGGGCUCUAACAUGGGAGGAAUGCCCCCCCAGAUGGGAUCGGGCAUGUGUCCGCCCACAGGCAUGAACAGGAAGGACGGAGCCCCCCCCAUGCACCACGGACCCUCGAACUCCAUACAUAACAGGCCGCCGGGCUACCCCAACAUGUCCCCCGGCAUGAUGGGGGCGGGGUCUCCAUAUGGCCCAGGAAUGAACAGCAUGCACGGCGUCAUGAAUCAGGGGGGGCCGGGGCCUUAUCCCAUGAGUGUGAACAUGCCUAACAGCACCCCCGGGGGGGCUCCAGGCUCUGACUUUGGUAUGGAAAAAAUAACCCCAGCCCAGAAGAUGAACAACAAAGUUGAUGGGACUCCCAAACAAGAAUCCAAAAAGAAGUCGAGUUCCUCCACCAUCACCAACGAGAAGAUCACUCGGCUGUACGAACUCGGCCCAGAGCCGGAGAGGAAGAUGUGGGUGGACCGAUACCUGGCCUUUGCUGAGGAGAAGGCCAUGGGAAUGCACAAUCUUCCCGCCGUGGGUCGGAAGCCUCUGGAUCUCUUCAAGCUCUACGUUUCGGUGAAGGAGAUCGGCGGCCUGACUCAGGUGAACAAGAACAAGAAGUGGCGGGAGCUGGCCACCAACCUGAACGUGGGCACGUCCAGCAGCGCCGCCAGCUCGCUCAAGAAGCAGUACAUCCAGUGUUUGUACGCCUUCGAAUGCAAGAUCGAGCGUGGCGAGGACCCGCCCCCCGACUUCUUUAACACCGACACCAAAAAGAACCAGCCCAAGAUCCAGCCUCCGAGCCCCGCUGGUUCUGGAUCCCUCCAGGGACCCCAGACUCCCCAGUCCACCAGCAGCUCGAUGGCUGAGGGGGGGGACCUCAAGCCCCCUACCCCGGCUUCCACCCCACACCCACAGAUGCCUCAGAUGCCCGGUGUCAGGAACAGCGUCAGCCUGCAGGACCCGUUUGCCGACGGAAGUGAUCCGGCCUUUUCCAGAAGGAAUGCCAUGACUCCCAAUUCUCAGGGCUACCAGUCAGGGAUGGGCAGUGCAGAAAUGAUGAGUCGGAUGGGUCCCUAUGAGUCUAGCAAGGACCCCUUUGGAGGCAUGAGGAAAGCCGGGGAACAGUUCAUGCCCCCGGGCCCCAACAGUGGGAUGGGGGAGCAGUACAACAGAGGACCUCCGGGCCCUAUGAGCAACAUGGCGAUGGGCCAGCGGCAGCAGUUCCCGUACGGAUACGACAGAAGACAGGAGCCGGGGAUGGGCCCUGAAGGCAACAUGGCUUCAGGACCUCCUCAGCCCAACAUGAUGCCUUCUGGAGGAGACACGGGGAUGUACUCACCGAGCCGCCCCCCCCCACAGCAGCGGCACGACUCCUACACAAAUCAGUACCCUGGCCAAGGAGCGCCCCCUGGUGGCCCGUAUCCUAACCAACACCCAGGAAUGUACCAACAGCAGCAGAACUACAAGCGUCCUGUGGACGGGGGGUACGGUCCUCCUGCCAAACGUCAUGAGGGAGAAAUGUACAACGUUCCUCCUUACAGCACCCAACAGCAGCCAGGUCCACAGUCUGCUGGGCACCAAGGGCAGCAGGACCUGUACAACCAGUACAACGCGUACCCCGGUGGAGACCGCAGACCUCCAGGUCCACAGGGCCAGUUCCCCUUCCCGUUUGGACGGGAUAGAGCGCCGCCAUCUGCAGGCCCCAACUCCCAGUCUCCCCAGAUGAUGCCAAGCCCCAUGCCUUCAGGUCCUGAUGGCCCACAGGGCCCGAUGUGGCAGGGCCGCAACGACAUGGGUUAUCCUAACUAUCCCAACCGUCAAGGACCUCCUGGACCGGGUCAGGGCCCCGGCUACCACAGCAUGAACCGCUCAGAGGAGAUGAUGCCAGCAGACCAACGCAUCAACCACGAGGGGCAGUGGCCCGGCCACGUUAACAGGCAGCAGCCGCCUUUUGGCCCCGCCGGAUCUGGACCGCCCAUGACCAGGCCUUUACCUUCCACCUACCAGGCUUCCCAGAACCACAUUCCUCAGGUUUCAAGCCCGGCCCCCAUGCCUCGGCCUAUAGAAAGCAGGACGUCGCCCAGCAAGUCCCCCUACAUGCAUCCCGGCAUUAAGGUGCACAAAGCUGGACCUCCUGUGCCUGCCUCCCACAUCGGCCAGGCUCCAGUGCAACAACCCAUGAUCCGCCGUGACAUGGCCUUCCCUCCCGGCUCGGUGGAGGCUUCCCAACCCCACCUUAAACCCCGCCGGAGGCUCACCAUGAAAGAAAUAGGCACCCCUGAAGCGUGGCGAGUGAUGAUGUCCCUGAAGUCCGGCUUGUUAGCGGAGAGCACAUGGGCUCUGGACACCAUCAACAUUCUGCUGUACGACGACGGCAGCAUUUCCACCUUCAACCUCUGUCAGCUGCCGGGGUUCCUGGAGCUGAUCGUGGAGUACUUCAGACGCUGCCUCAUCCAGAUCUUCGGCAUCUUAAAGGAGUACGAGGUCGGAGACCACGGCCAGCGCACCCUGAUCGACCCCAACGCCGCAGAGGACUCCGAGGAGGACCCCUCCAUGGCCGAGGGCGAGGACAUGGAAACCGAGGACGAGGACGAAGAUGAGGAACCUGAAAGACCUGCUGACGCACCAUCGCUGAUCCGGGUCAAAGAGGAAGAGGAAGAGAGCUCUUUGAAAGGCAAGUCUUCAGAAGAUGAGGACGAAGAAAAGGCGUCCAGUAAGCUGUCUGCAGGUUCCAACCACAACUCCAGCAACCACUCAGAGAAGCCCAAGCAGGCCAGCAAGUUUGAUAAACUCCCCAUCAAGCUGGUGCGGAGGAAGAACCCUUUUCGCCUCAAUCACCUGUCCAAGCUUGGCCAGCGGCAAAGCUUUGACAGCGGUCUGCUACACUGGAGCAUCGGCGGCGGCGACACUACUGAGCACAUCCAGACCCACUUUGAGAGCCAGACGGACCGUCGGAAGCUGCUUAAACGUUCCCCGGUCCUCACUGAGGCCCGCAAGAAGGUGCAGGGAACAGCGCCGGACAGCGGCGAAAAACCCAGGAGCAGCGGCGAGGACGAGUCCAGAGAGCAACCCCCAACGUCUGAGCCUCUCAGGUCUCCAGCCGAGAAGAGCCCUCCGUCCACCGGGGCGCCAGUCACCGCCACCAUAGAUGAUGUGCUGUCUGCCCGCCCGGGCUCGGUCACCGAGGAGGUGGUCCGCGGAGGAGCCGGGGAGCAGAAGGAGAAGUUCCUGUUCAGCAUCAACCCGGAUCUGAAGAACCGCCGCAACAUCAAGAUCCUGGAGGACGAGCCUCACAGCAAGGACGAAACGCCGCUCAGCACGCUGUCGGACUGGCAGGACUCGCUGGCGCGGCGCUGCAUCUGCAUCUCCAACAUCGUCCGGAGCCUGUCUUUCGUUCCCGGGAACGACCUGGAGUUGUCCAAACACCCGGGCCUGUUGCUUCUGUUGGGCCGCCUGGUGCUGCUCCACCACAGACACCCGGAGCGCAAACAGGCGCCAGUCACCUACGAGAAGGAGGAGGACGAGGACGAGGGCGUGAGCUGCGAGCGGGACGAGUGGUGGUGGGACUGCCUGGAGGUGCUGAGGGAGAACUGCCUGGUCACUCUGGCAAACAUCUCAGGCCAGUUGGACCUUUCUAUCUACCCAGAGAGUAUUUGUCUCCCCCUGCUGGACGGCCUGCUGCACUGGGCCGUCUGCCCCUCUGCAGAGGCGUUGGACCCCUUCCCCACGCUCGGGCCCCACAGCUCCCUGUCCCCCCAGAGACUGGUCCUGGAGACCCUCAGCAAGCUCAGCAUCCAGGACAACAAUGUUGACCUCAUUCUGGCCACGCCUCCCUUUAGCCGCCUGGAGAAGCUCUACGGCUCGCUCGUGCGCCUGGUCGGUGAGCGCAAGGUGGCGGUCUGCCGGGAAAUGGCGGUGGUCCUGCUGGCCAACCUGGCCCAGGGGGACACCCUGGCCGCCCGCGCCAUCGCCGUGCAGAAGGCCAGCGUGGGCAACCUGCUGGGCUUCUUAGAGGACAGCUUAGCCGCCACGCAGUACUCGCAGAGCCAGAACCCGCUGCUGCAGAUGCAGGGCGGCCCCCAGUUUGAGCCCACCAGCGUGGACAUGAUGCGGCGGGCGGCCCGGGCGCUGCACGCCUUGGCCAAGGUGGAGGAAAACCACUCGGAGUUCACACUGUACGAGUCGCGGCUGCUCGACAUCUCUGUGUCGCCGCUCAUGAACUCCUCCGUGUCCCAAGUAAUCUGUGACAUUCUGUUCCUGAUCGGCCAGUCAUGACAGGCGUGGGGAGGUGUGGGCUCCGCCCCUCCCUGCGUGUUUGCGUGUGCGUCUGCUGCGAGUGAGUUCAGAGAGUGAGACGGCCUUCUUCCCUCUCCUUUUUUUAAUUUAUGCAAACUCACCUCGGACUCCGCUGUCUUUUUAUUCCCACCCCCCCUGAAGGAAGGAGAACCCUGUGGAUCUUCAACCGGAGGGAUGCUGGCGGUGGGGGUGGGGGGCAGGACCCUUUUUUUUAUAGAAACAUAAAAACUCCUGAAAAAGAAGAAACUGUAACCAAAGUUGCUGUCUCGUUUACAGUGAGUUUGGGGGACCCUCGCGCCCCCCCUCCGAGGCUCGGACAGAGGGGCGCUGUGGGAGGGGGGGGGCACAGACUGUGUGGAGGCGUGGCUGUGACUGUGGAGGCUCAGCCUGGCAGGAACCACACGUGAACAGGCGGGGGCGCUGUGCAGUAGAUUGUAGGACUUUUUUCUGUACUGUACACCUGGAACUGUAAACAUACUGUAAUGAUACUGUUUCACACUGAGAUACGCUGACUCGGCAGCAAACUGUAGUUUUUAAAUCCGUUUGAGUUCAUGUGGAGAGAAGACGGCUUUCCCCCCAAAGUAUGGUGAACCUACAACACCCCGACCUCUCUGUCCCUUGAUUGUAUGACUUGACCCGGACGCUCAGAGGCGCCUAUAGGACUGGUUCUCAACGCUAGAUGCAGUCCCAGCUGCAGUGUAAAUACGAUGUUGUACAUGACCACCCCCCCCCCCCCCUCUUCUGUUGCGCCUCACCGUUUUUAACCUUUGACCAGUUGAACUGCAUCAAAUGCGCCAUGUGAUGACUUGACACCCGCCGGCGCCGCCUCGGGGGUGUCUCGCUGCUGUCCAACGCCAUCCCCCACUAGCUCCACGCUUCAGUUUGUGUCCGGUGGGGCCAAACGGCGUCCCGGCUCACCGGGGCGAUGGACGGAACCUUGAGGAAGAAGCGGUUUAAUUUUAUUUGAUUUUUCCAGUGAUGCGGAUUCUGCAUAUUUGUAUUUCAGAUGAUGUAGCUAAAGACUUGAUGUAAAUUCCUUUUUUUCCUUUUUUGGCUCAAUGAAUAUCAUUUAUUCAGUAUGAAAUCUUUAUACUAUAUGUUCCACGUGUUAAGAAUAAAUGUACAUUAAAUCUUCCUAAGACGUU